AGAUUCCUGACUUGUUUACCAAUUUAUGUUCUUAAUUUGGAAAUUUUCAUGUGAUGCAGGUACUUAAUCUAUCGUCAGUAGAUUAUAUCAGAGGAUUUGAUCCUUCAUCACAUGUUCUCCUCCAAUGUGAACAGCUGCAAAAGCAAUAUUGUGACAAAGUACACCCAGAGCCUUAUACUAGCUUAUUUAGGGCUGCUGCCGUCAAAAAUGUAAUUUCAGACCCUGACAUACCUCGCGGUUGUGAUGCAAAUUCACCAGAGUUUGAAUUUACACCACCUGGCUCUAAACCAAGAGUUGGAUCUGGGGAUAGGGAUGAGACAGUAACCGGAUUGUUGCAAAAUUUGUCUUUGGAAGGAUUAGAUCCUCAGUGGAUUAGACCUUUUCCACCGAGACUCCCAAUACAAGAUGGAGAGCUUGUGUGGCUCAACCCUGACAAUAACCAUGAGCUGUUAUGGGACUAUGGAAUGUGUGCUGACACUAGCAGAGGGGCUGCAGUUAGGGAUCUGAUUGCAAAAGCCUUGAAGGGACCACUUGUGCCUGCACAACAGGAGCAAGUUUUGGUGGAGUUGGCAAAGGACCCGAAGCUCGUGUACCACUGUGGACUGACUCCACGAAAAUUACCUGAACUGGUGGAACACAAUCCACUUAUUGCUGUUGAAGUUCUUAUAAAGUUGAUGAAUUCUGCUGAAAUUUCAGAAUACUUUACGGUUCUUGUAAAUAUGGACAUGAGCCUACACUCCAUGGAAGUAGUAAACAGGCUAACAACAGCGGUUGAUCUUCCCACAGAAUUUGUGCACAUGUAUAUCACAAAUUGUAUUUCAUCCUGUGAGAACAUCAAGGAUAAGUAUAUGCAGAACAGACUUGUCAGACUUGUAUGUGUAUUCUUACAAAGCUUAAUCCGAAAUAAGAUAAUCAACGUUCAUGAUCUGUUCAUUGAGGUCCAGGCCUUCUGUAUUGAGUUCUCAAGGAUUAGGGAAGCAGCGGGGUUGUUCAGGCUCCUGAAAACCUUGGAAUGAAUAAUCUCAAAUUUUAUUUUGGUUUUUCUUGUGUGUAAGUCAGCAAAUUCAAUUUCCUCUCUUUCCUAUUUCUUCUAUGCUUCAUAAUUAAAAGCAUUUUGGAUGUCCAUUACCAAUCACUGCUGCAGUCGACAAACUGAUGUGGAUCUAUACAGAGAUGGCAUGAUUAAUCUUUUGAUGGGUGACAAUCAGUGAUGUUCAAGGAUUUUGAACUUGGAAUUGAUCAAAUCGUUUGAAUUGGAAUCGGCCAGAAUUUGUCUAAAAAUCCUAGAAUCAGUUCUCUACAGAUUUGAAAACCCGGCGAUCUGGUCCCAAAAAGUUCUAGAAUCAGUCCCUCUGGAAUGUCAGUCAGGAUUGGUCAUGGCUGAUUUCGAUCUGAAUCUUUUUACAGUUUUCGCUUGAUGCAGUAGAAAAAAAAGGGGAUGGAAGUGAAUGUAAAUUGAAAUGGAAAUGGAAAUUUUUGUAAUCUUUACCUGACAUGAUUGUGUUAACUUCAAAACAUUUCUAAUGUAGUUAGUAAAUUUUAUUACUGUUUAAAA